AUGGAGUUGGAUGAAGACACCAAUUUGAUCAUCCUUAAGGAUGAUCGAAUGUAUCAUCACAAUACCACUAGAUUUAACUAUACCACCUACGAUGUUUGUAGAACCCAAGACAUCAUCAAUCCAUGGACUUCCCACUGCAACAUCAUGGUCCUCUGCACUGACAAUGAUAUGGGACCCCAAGGUCACAGAUUUAUCUAUGGUAAGGUGUUGGGUGUAUAUCACACUAAUGUAAUCCUCAUUGGAUGCGCUAUGGUUGACUACACACCAAUCCAAAUGGAAUUUCUAUGGAUUCGCUGGUACAAGCCUGUAGACCAAGUCUCAUCCUGGGACACCUCAACCAUGGAUUGUGUUAGAUUUCCACCAAUGGCUGAUGAGCACUCAUUCGACUUUCUGGAUCUAGCUGAUGUCCUUAGGGGAUGCCAUAUCAUCCCUUCUUUUACCAGCAAAAGGCGAUGCCCAGACGGAUCAGGUUUAUCAGCAUGUGCAGGGGACAAGGAUGAUUGGUGUGCAUAUUAUGUCAAUCAGUGA